UUGUCUAAGCUCCUAGUCUUGCAAAAGCACCAAACCUCUGCUUCUCCCUGAAGGCUGCUGUAUUCCAUGGAUUUCACAGAUUUUGUUUUAAUCAAGGGAAAUGGACUAAAAGGUCUUGUGGAUGCAGGUCUUGAAACCCUUCCUCAGCAAUAUAUUCAACCUCCUGAACAAAGAUUUGAUUUAAGCCAAGUAAUCACUGAAGAGUCCCUGCCCUUGAUUGAUGUCUCAAAUUGGGAUGACCCGGAAGUUGCAAAAUCAAUUUGCGAGGCUGCAAGCAAGUGGGGUUUCUUUCAGAUCAUCAAUCAUGGGAUAACCAUGGAGGCGCUCGAGAGUAUGAAGAGUGCUGUCCAUGGAUUCUUUGGGUUACCAAAUGAUGAAAGGAGGAAAUACUGGAAAGGGCAAUCUGUGAGUGAUACUGUGUGGUUAAAAACAAGCUUUGUCCCUGAGAAAGAGAAGGUCUUGGAGUGGAAAGACACUUUAUGCUUUCGUUACAUCCCUGAGGAUGAUGGGUCUUCUUCCUUGUGGCCUCCCAUUUGCAAGGAUCAAGUGCUUGAUUACAUGAAGGCGGCUGAAACUAUCAUUAAAAGACUUUUAGAGGUGCUACUGAAAAGCCUCAAUGUGAAGGAGAUUGACAAGCCAACAGAGUAUGCCUUGAUGGGUUCACUCCUCAUCAAUCUUAACUACUAUCCCCAUUGUCCAAAACCUGAGCUCACGGCUGGAUCAGGCCCACAUGCUGAUGCAUCAACAAUCACAAUUCUCCUGCAAGAUGACAUUGGCGGACUUUACGUUCGUGGAACCGAUGGUGAGGGUUGGAUCCACGUCCCCCCAGUUGAGGGAGCCUUGGUUGUCAAUAUAGGAGAUGUGUUACAGAUAAUGAGCAAUGACCGAUACAAAAGUAUUGAGCAUCGGGUGGUUGCCAACAGAAGCAAGAACAGGGUUUCAAUCCCUAUAUUUGUGAAUCCAGGAGCUGAAGCAUUAAUUGGUCCUUUACCAGAAGUUGUAGCAAGUGGAUAGCAAAACGGUUUCUUCAGCAAGGCUCAUGAGGAGGGGAAGAAGGCCAUCAACUUUGCUAAGAUAUGAUGGUCUUUUGCUGUAUCAUAGGAUUUCUAUGCUAAGAUAAGCCCAUGACAAUAAGAAUCUAAGUUACAUGAUGCCAUUCUGUUGUUGUAAACUUUGUUAUAGCCAAAAUGAGGUAUUUUGUUUAUAUGGAUGUUGUACACGAUUGGUUGUGAUGA